AUGAACGCCUCUGCUAUUUUUGGGCGUAUAAUUUUGGGACAACUCGGUGACGCCCUCGGCCGUUUCAACGUCAUGAUAUUCACGUUGAUAUUGGCCACCAUCGCCCCGUUAGCGAUUUGGACCACCUCGCAUGCUGCGGGAGAGUUGAUUGCCUUUGCGAUCGUUUUCGGGUUUACAGCUGCUGCGUAUAUGUCGCUGGCGCCCGCAUGCUCUGCGCAGCUGACAUCCAACCCUUCGUAUAUUGGCGCUCGCGUCGGAAUCUUAAUGACAGCGAUGGCUCCGGGAAUUUUGACUGGGCCAUCCAUCGGUGGCGCGCUGAUCUCAGCCACCAAGGGAUCGUAUAUCGGGUUGCAGUGCUUCGUAGGAGGCACGAUCGCACUCGGUACGGUCUUCGCCAUCGCCGGUCGCUUUGCCGCAAGGCCUUGCAUAAGAGCGAAGUUCUAG